GUUACUAUGAAGGAUCGCGCAGCAGCAGAGCGAGCGUGCAAGGAUCCAAAUCCAAUCAUUGAUGGACGGAAAGCGAAUGUAAACCUCGCAUAUCUUGGGGCCAAGCCGCGUACGAACGUGCAGUUAGCAGGUGAGUGCUGCGCAAGACAGAAUAGCUUUCACUCAAGAUGCAGUUGCCUUCCUUUGUGGAAAAGCGCCGUCAAAAGUGCUCGUACACUGAACGCUACAGAUCCUUACGCAGUUUUCUGUGGCAGUGAAACAUCUUGGCCCAUUGCAGCACUGGCGAAUCAAGUACAAUUGCCUCUGCAGACGCAGCUACAAGCCCUGUUCCCCACACGUAUCGGGUGA